GGCGUGGAAGGUGAUGCAAGGCCCAGUGCUGGUCAUAAAAUGAUACUACUCCGCACAUGUGGCUCAAGCACUCACCUCUGGUGUCAUAAUGCCAAGUGAUCGCCGUCGAUUGGCCAUAUCAACGCUCCGGCAACAUCGGAUGAAUUGUCCAUGAUGUGCAAAUAGGGAACAUGACCUGCCAAUGGGUUCCUUGGCGUAUCGUCAUAUCUGCCGGUUCAAACACUCACCGGUCACCCACAUGCCGCCAUCCCUCCAAUGUCUUUCGGAUGGCACGUUGUGCUCGAGUUUCAGCCAACACACCGCUCGUACACACGGACCGCCGUUGGCCCGUUAUUGGUACAGGACCGCAAUGUACCAUGUGACCGUGUUGUCCAGGUCUUGUUCGACUACUCUACACGCUUACGUAUUCCCCGUGCCUAUAUUGACGAGCAUCCCCUUACAUCAAGACGCCAUUGGACAUCAUGGAAAGCAACACAGACUUCGAUUUCUCUGCAACAGAUUCACCAACCUCGAUACUCGACCCAAUUGGCAAAGAGACAUCCAUCCCAUCUGGAUAAACCGUUGGCAACCAGUUCAUCUCAUUUAGUGCUGGGGCAGGGUGUGUCUAUCCCACUCAGAGGAUUGUUCCUGGCAACGACAAUCGUGAAGGACACUGAAACAUGUCUGAUUUGUAGUGAGAUUUCUGAGAGGCUACAGCGCCGCAUUCCAGAAUGUGCCAAGGCACGCGCUCGCGAUCUGGGUUGCGUACUAAGCUGCGUUGGGGCUCGUUCCGCGAGGCGUUGUGAAAUGAUCUACCCUAACCCCACGUUGUCCAGAGAACACAGGAAGGGGCACGGUUCAAGUGUGGAAGUACUACAUAGGAGCCCGUUGUGGCAGAAUAACGGGUCGUACAAGCCUCCGUCACCGGAUGAAACUCGGUAUUUCGAAUCGAAUGAAGACUGGGUCGCUGGCAAACGAGAACGGCGCCAGAAUUCAUGUCAACCAGUGGCAGCGCCUCUCCGCCGUAUUCUCAAACCUAUAGCGGAAGAGAUAAUUGCUGUUACGUGAAAUUGACCAGUGUCAUUGACCUCCCCAACAGCAGACCCAGUGGUAUGUCCAAAGCGCACAACGGGCGCCGCGGCCCGUUGGGAAACUCACGGGGUAUCCACACAUAGGGGAGUUAGCGGGCCACAGAGCUAGUUAAUCACUAGAUAGGAUAGCGCGAUGACCAUCGCAUGUGACGUUUCUACCUUCCACACUCACCGCCUUCAUUUCGGGCUAGUAUCGGUCUGUCAUGGUGGACAUGGGGGGUCUUGUAUUAGUUCGGAUUCACUGCAUCACCUUGUCACCUA